AUGCAGCGACCUCCACAAGAAGAUUAUUCUCUUAAGCAGACUUACCCCCACCUCGGUGGAGGGAAGGUCACCGGAGAUAAGCUCACUAGCACCUAUGAUCUUGUCGAGCAGAUGCAGUACCUUUAUGUUCGAGUUGUAAAGGCAAAAGAACUACCGGCAAAGGAUGUGACGGGUAGUUGUGACCCUUAUGUUGAGGUUAAGCUUGGAAACUAUAAGGGGACAACACGUCAUUUUGAGAAGAAGUCCAACCCUGAAUGGAAUCAGGUGUUUGCUUUCUCAAAGGAGCGGAUUCAGGCCUCCGUGCUUGAGGUUACGGUGAAAGAUAAGGAUGUUGUGAAGGACGAUUUUAUGGGUCGGGUUUUGUUUGACUUGAAUGAGAUUCCUAAAAGAGUUCCCCCGGAUAGUCCCUUGGCCCCACAGUGGUAUAGGUUAGAAGAUAGGAAGGGUGAUAAGGUUAGAGGAGAGCUGAUGUUGGCUGUUUGGAUGGGUACUCAAGCUGAUGAAGCAUUUCCCGACGCAUGGCAUUCGGAUGCUGCCACAGUCAUUGGCACUGACAGUUUGGCAAAUAUCAGGUCAAAGGUCUACCUAUCCCCUAAGCUGUGGUACCUGAGAGUCAAUGUAAUUGAAGCUCAGGACUUGUUGCCAACUGAUAAAGGUCGAUUUCCAGAAGUUUUUGUGAAGGCCAUCCUGGGAAAUCAGGCAUUGAGGACGAGGGUGUCAAUGAGCAAGAGUAUCAAUCCUAUGUGGAAUGAGGAUUUGAUGUUUGUUGCUGCAGAACCGUUUGAGGAGCCAUUAAUUUUGAGUGUGGAAGACAGAGUCGCACCCAAUAAAGAUGAAGUCCUGGGAAGAUGUGCCAUUCCUCUAGUGCAUGUUGACAGGAGACUGGAUCAUAAACCUGUGAAUACAAGGUGGUAUAAUCUUGAGAAACAUAUCACUGUUGAAGGUGAAAAGAAGAAGGAUGUCAAGUUUGCUAGCAAGAUUCAUAUGAGAAUAUGCUUGGAGGGUGGUUACCAUGUUUUGGAUGAAUCGACUCACUAUAGCAGUGAUCUUCGACCAACAGCAAAACAGUUAUGGAAGUCCAGCAUUGGGGUUCUCGAGUUAGGUAUUUUGAGUGCUCAUGGUUUGUCGCCUAUGAAAUCUAAAGAGGGGCAGGCAACGACUGAUGCUUAUUGUGUUGCCAAAUAUGGGCAGAAGUGGGUCAGGACGAGGACCAUCAUUGACAGUUUUACUCCCAAAUGGAACGAACAAUACACUUGGGAGGUUUAUGAUCCGUGCACUGUCAUAACUAUUGGUGUAUUUGAUAAUUGUCAUUUGCACGGUGGAGAUAAAUCUGGGAGGGAUUCACGGAUUGGAAAGGUCAGGAUCCGUCUUUCUACCCUAGAAACAGAUCGUGUGUACACACAUUCAUAUCCCCUUCUAGUUUUGCAUCCUUCUGGGGUAAAAAAGAUGGGUGAAAUUCAUUUGGCUGUUAGAUUUACUUGUUCAUCCUUGAUGAAUAUGAUGCAUAUGUACUCGCAGCCACUGUUGCCCAAAAUGCACUAUAUUCACCCAUUAACUGUCAGUCAAGUCGACAGCUUGAGGCACCAGGCUACUCAGAUUGUUUCCAUGAGGCUGAGUCGUGCUGAGCCGCCUUUGAGGAAGGAAGUGGUGGAGUAUAUGCUGGACGUGGGUUCUCACAUGUGGAGUAUGAGGAGAAGCAAAGCAAACUUUUUUAGAAUCAUGGGAGUUUUAGGUGGGUUAAUUGCUGUUGGAAAAUGGUUUGAUCAGAUAUGCAACUGGAAGAACCCCAUUACCACCGUUCUGAUUCACAUUUUGUUCUUAAUACUGGUUUUGUAUCCUGAGCUUAUUUUGCCCACUGUUUUCCUCUACUUAUUCUUAAUUGGAGUUUGGUACUACAGAUGGAGGCCAAGGCAUCCUCCCCACAUGGAUACUCGCCUCUCUUACGCUGAUAAUGCUCAUCCUGAUGAAUUAGAUGAGGAGUUUGACACUUUCCCUACUUCACGUCCUCCGGAAAUCGUGAGGAUGAGGUACGACCGUCUGAGAAGCAUUGCAGGGAAGAUCCAGACUGUGGUUGGCGACUUGGCAACACAAGGGGAAAGGGUACAGUCUCUGCUGAGCUGGAGGGACCCAAGAGCUACAGCUUUGUUCGUAAUUUUUUGUUUGGUUGCUGCCAUUGUUCUCUAUGUCACACCUUUCCAAGUGGUGGCACUUCUUGCAGGAUUCUAUGUUUUGAGGCAUCCUAGGUUCCGUCACAAGCUUCCUUCCGUGCCCCUCAACUUCUUCAGAAGGUUACCUGCUAGAACAGAUUGCAUGUUGUGA